AAUAUGGAAGCUAAGAAGAAAAAGAAAGUCAGUGUUGUUAAAAAAAAACCAAUUGAAAAUGUUAAUUCUUCAAAUUCUUUACUAAAUGGUUCAGCACUUAAUAUUGAAGAUAAAAGGCCAAAAAUUUUACUGAAUUCUCGAAUUCCUGUCGAUGAUGUAGAUCAAAUAUGUAAUCCAAAAAGUGACGAAGUUUAUAAAGACUGGCUGGGUUAUGACAUUGAUUUACUCAAACGGAUAUUAGAGUCUCGGGCAUCACCAUGUACAUCUUCACUUUGGUUUUUGUCACCUAAUUGUGCACAAUUGGCUGCUGAUACUUUUUCUGUUCUUAUUGCUAUCUUUGAUGAAAAGGAUGAACAAUACGCAAU